AUGGGCCGUGCGCAGAUGCCUCAUCCAGCUACAAAAAUUCAAUCUUCCUCUCUCCUUCAGCCUGCUUCUUUCCCAAACACGAUAUUCUUUUCCAGCAAUCAAGAGCCACCUUCAUCUGCUGUUGAGGCGAGCAACGCUUGCAGACGACGCUUCUCCUCUGGUUAUGAUGAUGGUUUCAUAGCGGAUUGUUCAGAACGCAGAACUCCCGUAGCUGAUCCCUCCCCCCUUUCGAAUGUGACUUUGUCCAAUAUUCUAGAUAUCAUCGCGCUCAGCCCCUGA